AUGGCGAAUUCAACGCCCGCUCCGAAUCAGCGGGUAGCUCCCCAUUUAUCUCCUGGCCAUGUUCAUAAUGCUGUGACGGCUCUGCAAGGUGCCACCACUGCCUUUCGCACAAGCGCUUCUAGAAGCAAUUCGCCUGCAGUCGCCCACAGAACCGGAGGAGCCGCUGAUAUCAACAGCUAUGAUCUCGGCCCCGGUCCCCGUCCCGAUCUUGAAGCCGAAGUGCCACCCGAAGUUGGUUCCGUAAAGGACAAGAUCGGCAGGUAUACUGCCCAUUCUCAGAAUGCUCUCGAGAGUGUUCGCAAGAGCCCAGCAACUUUUAGACCGGAAUCCCCUCAGCAGAUCGCCGCCCGGUUUGCUGCGGAACAUGUCCCUGUACAUAGGAAAAAUGCAGCAACAACCACAGAUACUAGUGGUGUGAUACGAGGCACAAAUGGACACCAGCCAAAGAACGAUAACAACGUACGAGAUGUGAAAGCGUUCGGUCCAAGCUCAGCCGAGAGCGUCGCAACGAACAAUAAUCCGAUCGGGCGACACUCCCAGGGUGAGGAAGCUGGGCCGACUCGAGAUUUAUCUAUCCGUCGAAAGCCGAUCAUACAACCACCUAAUACACCUCUAGACUCUACGCAACAUGCAGUGGCAAAGUCACGUCCAAUACCCCCAGCACCUCGAAAAUCACGACUAGUCACAGGCGGCCCAGGGUCAGCGGAACCUGCCACUAGAAGCGGGCAGCCCAGUGAACUGAAGGCCUCCCUCGAGCCACUAAGUUCUUGCUCCUUCGGUCCCUCCGAGGAUCUAUCUACCUCAUCAAAUGAGAAAGCUCCUGUAUUGCCUCCACGGCCUGGCGGAUCACCCACGCCUAACGGUGGUUUAAGUAAUCAUCGAGCCCUUCUGGUGAAGAAUGGUGUCCCAAGCCGAUCAUUAAGCCCGACCGCUUCGUCGAUUUACGAUCGACGACAUAAUAGCAGUACUCCGAGUGUGCUUGAUGAUUCAACUAGUUUGAGUGAAGGCGCCCUUUCAGAUGCAAUCGUCGCAUCAUCAUUGGCAUCCUCCCGAGCACCACCUACAAGGAAGGGCCCACCACCUCCCCCUCCGCACCGUCAAGCAAGGUCGCGUUCAAUAUUACGUUUUCACAACAAUGGGAGAGAGUUUUCCCAAUCUCGAAGCCCAUCCAGCCCUUUGCGACAUACACUCCGAAACCCUGCUAAGUCGGACGAUGAAGAUGAUAGUCACCACCGACAUAGAACACAUAUCAUACGGAAACACCCACAUAAACAUCACGAAGGCGAUCGGAAGAGAUGGCGGAGCGAGCUUACGGAGAAGGAGAGAAAACGCUACGAGGGCGUAUGGGCGGCCAAUAAGGGGCUCCUCGUUCCUACCAAAGAAGAAGUGGACAGGCAAUGUUCCGAACAUGAUCCACUGCGAGACAUAUGGCCUUCAAAUACCUCGGAGAUGGUAGUUAACAUUGUGGUUCGAGACAUCUGGUCUCGGAGUCGCCUCCAAUCCUUCGUGCUGGAGCAGAUCUGGGAUCUAGUUGAUACACAAAAGAUUGGGCUCCUAACAAAAGAGGAGUUCGUUGUUGGGAUGUGGUUGAUUGAUCAGCAACUGAAGGGACACAAACUGCCUGUGAAAGUUCCGGACAGUGUCUGGGGCAGCGUGAAGCGUGUGCCUGGGAUUAGUUUACGCGACAUUGACUUCCAUUCCUGA